AUGUUUUUCUGCUUCACACCAAGAGCCUUGUAUUUUAAAGCUGGGUUCUUGUUCUCAAACACUUGUACAAACAAAUUGCAGUAUAACGCGGUCAUGCUUCUGCUUUGGCACGCGUUUGGAUUGCAGAUCCAUGGGCAGAGAAGUAUUUUAUUCUCCGCGAUGGCGGCAGGGACGUCAUCCGAUAAUCACGACAUGUACUAG